AUGUGGAAGAAAGCUAGACUGAUUCCAAUCUAUAAAGCUGAAACACGUACUGAGAGAAACAAUUACAGGCCCAUUUCUAUAUUACCGAUUCUAUCUAAACUCCUCGAACGACAUGUUGCCAACUCAUAUGUAAAAUUCCUCACAGAAAAUGAUAUUCUAUCAAGUUGCCAGCAUGGUUUUCGAGCCCAUCACUCUUGUGAAUCUACUCUAAUAUUGAUCUGUGAACACCUUCUCGAUAACAUUGAGCAAGGUUUAAUUAAUGGUAUAGCUCUAAUUGACCUCUCCAAAGCGUUUGACCUGGUCGAUCAUAGAUUGCUACUGCAGAAAUUAGAACAAUAUGGCAUUACUCCAAUAGCUUUAAAAUGGUUUAAAUCGUAUCUAAAUGAUUGUUACCAAGUAGUGCAAAUUGCAUCAUUCCUAUCCAACCCAGCUCUGAUAAAGUCUGGUGUGCCUCAAGGAUCUAUACUAGGACCAAUUCUCUUUCUUAUCUUUAUUAACGAUUUACCCAGUUACGUUGGAAGUUCUAAGCCUUUUUUAAUUGCCGAUGACUCCACACUAAUAUCCUCCGGAUCGGAUCUUCACGAACUUAGUGUCUCUAAAGUCGGAUAUGACCUCAGUGUCCCGUUGGACUAA